CAAAAUCUCGCUAUUAAGAUCGUAUUUAUCUGUCCCAAUUAUAUACAUAAAUAAAGCGGCGCUAUCAAUUGUUCCCUGCAGGCCGCAGCGCCCAGCCAAAGCGUGAGGACAAAAUCGCCCAGCUCGCAAUCGCCAGCGCCGGCCGGCCCGGUGGGGCGAUGGAGAUGAGGGGCCGCCGCACCCGCACCGCACCAGGCACCACCAGCAGUCCAGCACCACCGUCCACCGCACCGCACCACCCAAACGGCUAUAAUUAGGCGGUUCCAUCCAAACGAAACGCCCCCUCUCUGGCUCUUGCGCCGGCGACCCCGCGGAUCCCAGCUAAUCACCGCCAAGUCCCCGAGUCCGGCCAGCGGCCAGCGCCACGACGGGUCCCCUGCCACGGGAGGGGAGGGACCUGCGAAUUGCCUGCGGCCCCCGAGGGACCGGAGCCGGAAAAGCGCCAACCGCCGGAGCUCUCUCUCUCUCUCUCUCUCUCUCCACCGCCCGGCGAUCGCCGCCCGCCGGGGACGUCGCGACCCGGCUCCGUCGGCCGCGCCAUUGGAGCUGCUCCUCGCGCGCGGCUGCUGGUUCCUCUCGGGGGGGAUUUUCUUCUUGCGGGCUCCCUCCCCCACCUCCCCCCCUGCCGUCGGCGUUUCUGAUUCGUCCGCUCCGGCCGGGGGCCGUUCCUGGCGCGGCGAUGCCGGAGGCGGGGCACUACGGGUACAAGAAGACCGACGGCAUCUGCGACGGCGUGUGCGGCGAGCCUGUGUCAAAGGCAGCUCUGACCAUGUCAAGGCUAAAGUGCGCGCUACGGGGAUUUGAUUUAAGGGCACUUAUGGUCCUCUUGAUUGGUGUGCCAAUUCUAAUUCUGAUGAUAUAUGCACAUGGUCAAAAGGUCACAUACUUCCUCCGGCCAAUCUGGGAAUCUCCUCCCAAGCCCUUCAAGACAAUCCCUCACUACUACCAUGAGAAUGUAACCAUGGAGAACCUCUGCAAGUUACAUGGGUGGAAAGUCCGUGAUAUCCCACGCCGUGUCUUUGAUGCUGUACUCUUCAGCAAUGAGCUUGAUAUCCUGGAGAUCCGUUGGAAUGAGCUUAGUCCCUAUGUGUCAGAGUUUGUGCUUCUAGAGUCCAACUCAACCUUUACUGGCAUUAAAAAGCCCCUCCACUUCAAGGAAAACGAGCAUCGGUUUGGGUUUGUUAAAUCACGGCUGUCAUAUGGUAGUAUUGGGGGAAGGUUCGUGAAGGGGGAGAACCCAUUUGUUGAGGAGUCAUAUCAGAGGGUUGCCCUGGACCAGCUUCUUAAGCUUGCAAGAAUAGAAGAUGAUGACCUGCUGAUCAUGUCGGAUGUUGAUGAAAUCCCAAGCGGUCACACAAUUGAUCUCUUAAGGUGGUGCGAUGACAUUCCAGACAUACUUCAUCUUCAGCUCAGGAAUUACCUUUACUCAUUUGAGUUUUUCUUGGAUGACAAGAGCUGGAGGGCAUCAAUACACAAGUACAAAUCUGGAAAGACAAGGUAUGCACACUUCCGGCAGACAGAUGAGCUUCUUGCUGAUUCGGGGUGGCACUGCAGCUUUUGCUUCCGUUACAUAAGCGAUUUUGCCUUCAAGAUGCAAGCGUACAGCCAUGUUGACAGGAUCAGAUUCAAGUACUUCCUGAACCCUGAAAGGAUUCAAGAUGUCAUCUGCAGAGGGGCGGAUCUUUUUGAUAUGCUUCCAGAAGAGUACACAUUCCAAGAAAUCAUUGCCAAGCUGGGGCCGAUCCCAAGCACAUAUUCUGGUGUUCAUCUUCCAAGUUAUCUACUAAAGAAUGUCGAGCGGUUUAGAUACCUUCUACCGGGCAACUGCAGGAGAGAAAGUGGCUAGGUUUUAUGGUCCUACCCUGCAAUCUGCUGUGCAUGGGUGGGUGCCACUGCAAAGUUGUUGUCCAUGGGAUGCCUGUGGCAGUUCCACCUGGUAUGAUUGCCUAACAUAGCUGGACAAUUGCUUGGGGAAAAUUUGGUUCAUGGACGGGUGAGCUCAUCUGCUCAUGGUUCUGUAAUGUGUAAUAGAACUUGGGAAGGGGGAUCUAACAGCAUAGCGCAUGCUUGGUCCUGGCUGGCUGUACCUUCCAGACGAGCUGAGCUGAGCAGUUUGUGCUUACAUCCGGAUGUCAUUGUCAUUCGUUACUUCCCUGAUUGAUAUAUAAAACUCAAAAGGUGGUUGUAGAUUGCAAAUCAAGUGGUAUUUCAGAGGCCUUGCUCUGCAGAUAAUUCACAUAUGCAUUUGCUCUUACUUGGUGUUCUGUUUUGUCCAUAGUGGUGCCAGAAUGCUAGAUUUGUGAAUUUCUUUGAGCAAAAAUCUGUCUUCCACGGCGCCAGCGGCUGAGCAACCAGCAUUGCGCUAGCGCAUUGUACUUUCCUGUUUAAGCUGUAUGGUGCUGCACUGUUGUGCAACGAAAGCCACGUAUGUAAGUGAGAUGGCAAUGGGUACAAACCUGCUGGGUUUUGCUA